AUGAAAGCUGUGAAGCGUCUCUCUCUUCUGCUGAGCUGCUGGACUCUUAUUUACCUGCAUCCCGUCCUCGGUUCGCUCAGCCGGACCAGACCGACCGAGCACCACCAGCACCACCGGCUUGGAGAGGCAGCGGAGCGCGCGGCAGGCGUCGGGGAAGGAGAGCAAGCCCACGGAAGAGCCGGCAGAGGAAUCGGUGGCUCAUCAGCAGCAGCCGCGAGCAGGCAACCGGUGACCGCUUCUGGGACGUGGAAACCGUCACCGGUGAGUCCGGCGAGGAUUACGCGGAUCCGCGCAGAGCCUCCGUUAAUCAAGAGCGAGACGACUGUUAUUAAAAGCAAACGUACUGCGUCUUCCGUGCCGGCGAACCGGGCACAGCUGCAGCAGCAACAGCGGGACCGACCAGUCAUCUUAGGGCGCAAAGAGGCCGUGCGCUCCUGGCUGCCCGGCGGGGACGCUCAAAUUAAAGCGCACGCUCCCGGGGCUUUUAGCGCACAUGCAGCAGGGAAGGGAGCCGGGACUGCGGCUGCUGGGGGUGGAGGUGUUGGCUCACAGGGGAAAAAAUUGGGGAAAGUUGCUUCCAGAGCGAGUGCAGCUGCUCCAGUGCGCACGGGACCUCCCCAGAGAGCCACCCGUGCGCAAAAGCAGCAGCAGCAGCAGCAGCAGAACGCGGCUCCGCUGGCGCAGCGGGGAGUCAGCAGCAAGGCCCACAAACUGAGCGACCGGGAAGCGCAUCAGAGACAGCCGCUGGUCAUUCCUCACGACUACAUGCUGUCGCUUUACUGGUCUCUGUCCACCGGGGACCUGAACAGUAGCGCUCUGCACGAAGCGGGUCUGGCCAACACCAUCACCAGCUUCGUGGAUAAAGGACAAGACGAGCGUGGGCCACAGCUCAGACGGCAGAGGUAUCACUUCAACAUCAGCUCUCUGGAACGAGACGGGCUCCUGGGGGCCGAGGUACGCAUCCUGAGGAAGCGCCUGUCUGAACCCCGGAGGGCCUCAAUGGGAUCCACAGCCGCUGACGGAGGCGGUGGAGGAAUCUCGUCCCCGUGCCUGAAGCUGUACACCUGCGCUUCAGGUAAACAAUUGGCUGUUCUGCUCCAGACGAAGACCACGGAGGAUCUGCUCGGCGGGGGCGGUUUCGGCGGCAAAUGGGAAGUGUUUGAUGUAUGGAAAAUCUUCAAGGGCUUCAAAACCCAGCAGAACCAGCACUCCCAGCAGCUGUGCUUUGACCUCGAGGCCCUGGAGCACAGAGGCGGUCGCUCCGUGGACCUGCGCACUCUGGGGUUCGCCCGACCCGGCAGGACCAACAAGGAAAAGGCAUUCUUCCUGGCGUUUGGCAAAAGCAAGAAGCGCGACCUUUUCUAUAAUGAGAUCAAAGCGCGGUCAGGCCAUGACAACAAAACCGUCUAUGAAUACCUGUUCACCCAGCGCCGAAUGCGGCGAGCUCCUGCUUCGAGGGCGGCUAAAAAACCUCUGCAGCAGCCGCCGCCACCGCUACAGACCCUCCCCCAACACCAGGUCGUGAAGAUGCAGACGAGGCCGCGGUGUCACCGAAGAAGACUCCAUGUGAACUUCAAAGAGAUGGGCUGGGACGACUGGAUCAUCGCGCCACUGGAGUACGAGGCCUUUCACUGCGACGGCGUCUGCGACUUCCCCAUCCGAUCGCACCUGGAGCCGACCAACCACGCCAUCAUACAGACCCUGAUGAAUUCAAUGGACCCGGAGUCGACGCCGCCCACCUGCUGCGUCCCAACUCGACUCAGCCCAAUCAGCAUACUCUACAUCGACUCGGCCAAUAACGUCGUCUACAAGCAGUACGAGGACAUGGUGGUGGAGACGUGUGGCUGCAGGUAGCAAAGGAAGGUGGGACAAAGAGCAAGACAGAAAGAAAGACAUGUCCUGCCCUCCACUUUGAGGGAAGAUAGACAUGUUUGAUCAAAACGGCUCGUUUCAGCUGAU